AUGUUGGGAAAUCCACUAUCCAUUGAAGAAUUGUUCAUGGAUGCAACGUCAGAAAUCACUUUUACGUCCCAAGUGAUGUCCACCGAAUCAACAGAAGAUACGUUUGAAGAUUAUUUAAGCAACCUUACUUUUGGGAAUUUCACAAUAGAACCCGACGUCCCAGUUCUUGCUAAAUACUAUCCCAUUCUUGCUAUGGAAUUAGGAUUGUCCAUUCUGUGCUCGAUAUUUUUAAUCAUAAUCUAUGUUAUAGUUGGAGAAUAUCGUACACUGCCAGGUAAAAAUGUCAUAUCUAUUUCUAGCUGUCUAAUAGUAACAUAUGUACUUCUAAUGGUAGAUCUUUUACUGAGAAAUAGUAUACCGUAUGGCAUCUGCGGAGGAAUCGGGAUUGUUGUACAGGCUGCAUUUCUAGCAACAUUUUUCUGGACAAAUGUAAUGUCCUUCGACAUUAUGAUUACAAUGUCUUCUGUCAAGAAAGACAACAACAAAGCAUCAGAAAAGUAUUGGAAAUAUGCUACAUAUGCUUGGUGUAUGACGUUGGUGUGCAUCAUAUUAACUGUUGCAAUGGAUCACAAUGAUUUCCUUCCACUGAGUUAUAAACCGCAAUUUGGGCGUAAAAGAUGUUGGCUAACAGGACAACUAGCUUUCUUAAUUUAUUUGAAUGUUCCAGUUGGCCUAACUUUGUUGGCUAACUGCAUCUUCUUCAUAGUGACGGCUAGAACAAUUGAAGAAGUUCGAAGUGCUACAACUAUUCUGGCUGUAAAUAGACACCGAAAAAAAUUCAGACUAUGCAUGAAAUUGGUAUUGAUUAUGGGACUAGUUUGGAUAACAGAGUUCAUUCCAUGGAUAACUGGCAUAUUCCAGCUUUACGCAGUCGCAGGAAUGCUAAACUGUUUACAUGGUGUUUACUUGUUCUUGAUUUUUGCUUGCAAAAGGAGAACUUUCAAACAAGUUGCUGAAUUAGUGCUAACAUGUUGUCAAAAGGCUGACAGAACUCAAAAGCAGAAGACGCCAUCUAUGGACACAGUAAUCACGCUCUCUCAUUAAAUUUUGAUUUUGUAACCAAAUAAAUAAGAACAAUUUACUUGAAUCGAAACCUUUAAGAGGAAAAACUGCAUGAAUAAGAUUGCAAUGAUAGAUGUGAUGUGAUUAUUAUAUAUUUCAAGACAUGAACUGCUAAUUUAUUUUAAAAAUAGCUUGAUUUAAAAUUAAACUAUUAGUAUAGUGUUCACCAACCUUUCCCAAAACUGUUAAAAAGAUUCCUCUUACUCCAAUAUGAGUUGCCCUGACAGACAUAUCAUUUUUCAUUUGGAAUGAAAAAGUUUGGCUAAGGUAAAAGCACAUAUGUUUGUGAACAAAUUCAAUACACAGAGCUUGAUAAUUAUCAAUGGAGAUGAAGUUUAUUGGAACUUAUUUGGAAUGAACUUUUAAAAACGAAGUUACAUAAAUAUUUGUUCAUUCAAUGUAUAAAAUAAAACUUUAGAAAUGAAAAGGGGGAGGGAGAGAGUGUUGUAAAUACUGAAAUUCUUAGCACAACCAAAUAGCUAAUCUGUUUCAGAAAUCAAAGUUUUAAUAUGAUUUACACAGAAAUUUCUUACUUUUCAUAAACACAAUAAAGCUCCAGCAUUUAAACAACUUUACACCAAUGAAAAGUAAGACAUUUCUAAUUUAAUAUGAAUAAAAAUAUAGCAAUAAAAUUUCUCUAUAAAUACAAUACUUAUAAAAUUUUAGUUUUCAAGCAAUCUUCCACUUCACUAAAUAAAAGACUCAGUUAACCGUAGCUUAAAAUUCUUAAUGCAUUCCCUAGAGGAGUUUCUCGGAAGAGAUUUUUUCAAAAAAAGGAGAGCAAAAGAAAUUUUGUACAAAACAUGGGCAUUCCAAACCUUAAUGUUUUGUUCCAUUCUGGGCUGGAAUCAAGCAUCAGUAUGUGGAAAGUGUA